UGAGCCGGGCUGGAGGAGGAGGCGGAGUCGGUUCCUGGUGGGGCUGUGAGUGUCCCCGACCCGCGUCGCGUUACCCACCCCUCCCUCCCAGGAAGCAGCCGCCCUCUCCCUUCCCGUCCCGGGCGGGGGGAUUUGAAUUGGUGCCGGGUCCUGCGGCGGAGGCUGCGCUACUAUAAUUGAUGCAAAAUGAGUGUUCCUGACUACAUGCAGUGUGCUGAGGACCAUCAAACUCUCCUGGUUGUGGUCCAGCCAGUUGGGAUUGUCCCUGAAGAAAACUUCUUUAGGAUCUACAAACGAAUUUCAACCGUGAGUCAGAUUAAUGUCCGUGACUCCCAGCGUGUGCUAUAUAUCCGCUAUAGACAUCACUACCCUCCAGAAAACAAUGAAUGGGGAGAUUUUCAGACUCAUCGGAAAGUUGUGGGGCUCAUAAUCAUAACAGACUGUUCCUCUGCAAAGGAUUGGCCCCAAACUUUUGAAAAAUUUCACCUUCAGAAGGAAAUAUAUGGUCCUACACUCUAUGAUUCCCGAUUGUUUGUCUUUGGGCUUCAAGGAGAGGUUGCAGAGCAGCCCCGCACAGAUGUGGCAUUUUAUCCUAGUUACGAUGAGUGUGAAACUGUGGAGAAGAGAAUAGAAGAUUUUAUUGAAUCUCUCUUCAUUGUACUGGAAUCCAAACGUCUUGACAGGGCCACUGAUAAAUCUGGUGACAAGAUCCCACUUCUGUGUGUCCCUUUUGAAAAAAAGGACUUUGUAGGGCUGGACACUGAUAGUAGACAUUAUAAGAAACGUUGUCAAGGUCGGAUGCGGAAACAUGUUGGUGAUCUGUGUCUACAAGCUGGGAUGUUACAAGAUUCCUUGGUACAUUAUCAUAUGGCUGUGGAACUUCUGCGGUCUGUAAAUGACUUUUUGUGGCUUGGAGCUGCUCUUGAAGGUUUAUGCUCAGCAUCAGUUAUCUAUCACUACCCUGGUGGCACAGGAGGUAAAGCUGGGGCUCGUAGGGCACAAGGUAGUUCUCUUCCCGCUGAGGCAGGCAACAGACACAGACCAGGGGCCCAAGAAGUUCUCAUUGACCCAGGUGCCCUCACUUCAAAUGGUAUAAAUGCAGAUACUAGUGCUGAAAUAGGACGUGCCAAGAACUGCCUUGGCCCUGAAGACAUCAUAGAUAAAUAUAAAGAGGCCAUUUCUUACUACAGCAAGUAUAAAAAUGCUGGUGUAAUUGAGUUGGAAGCCUGUGUGAAGGCAGUGAGAGUCCUAGCAAUACAGAAAAAAAGCAUGGAAGCAUCUGAAUUUCUUCAGAAUGCAGUUUAUAUCAAUCUUCGACAGCUUUCUGAAGAAGAAAAAAUCCAGCGUUACAGCAUUCUCUCUGAAUUGUAUGAACGUAUUGGAUUUCACCGAAAGUCUGCGUUCUUCAAGCGUGUAGCAGCAAUGCAGUGUGUGGCACCUAGCAUAUCAGAGCCCGGUUGGCGGGCCUGCUACAAACUGCUUUUGGAGACACUUCCUGGUUACAGUCUGUCUUUGGAUCCGAAGGACUUCAGCAAAGGAACUCAUAAAGGAUGGGCUGCAGUGCAAAUGCGUUUGCUUCAUGAGUUAGUGUAUGCUUCAAGAAGAAUGGGAAACCCUGCUCUUUCUGUCCGACACUUGUCCUUCCUUCUCCAAACCAUGUUGGAUUUUCUCUCUGAUCAAGAAAAGAAAGAUGUAACACAAAGCUUAGAAAACUAUACAUCAAAAUGUCCUGGCACGAUGGAGUUCAUCACACUUCCAGAAGGUUUGAGGUUGCCCCCCGUGCCAUUCACCAAGCUGCCUAUUGUAAGAUCUGUGAAACUCUUGAAUCUCCCCAUCAGUCUUCGGCCACAGAAAAUGAAAAGUUUGUUGGGUCAGAACAUGUCAGCCAAAAGUCCCUUCAUAUACUCUCCAAUUAUUGCACACAAUCGUGGAGAAGAGCGAAGUAAGAAAAUAGACUUCCAGUGGGUCCAAGGAGAUGUAUGUGAAGUUCAGCUGAUGGUGUACAAUCCUAUGCCUUUUGAACUCAGAGUAGAAAACAUGGGUCUCCUGACAACUGGAGUAGAAUUUGAAUCUCUCCCUGCAGCUCUUUCUCUACCUGCUGAAUCUGGCCUCUACCCAGUGACCCUUGUUGGUGUUCCUCAGAAUACUGGGCAGAUCACUAUCAAUGGUUAUCAUACUUCAGUCUUUGGAGUCUUCAGUGAUUGUAUUCUGGAUAACCUGCCAGGAUUAAAGACGAAUGGCUGUGCAGUAGAAGUCAUUCCAGCUUUGCCAAGGCUGCAGAUCAGUACCUCUCUACCAAGGUCUGCUCACACAUUGCAGCCUUCCUCAGGGGAUGAAAUUUCCACCAGUGUAUCUGUCCAGCUUUACAAUGGAGAAACGCAGCAACUUGUCAUUAAAUUAGAAAAUAUUGGAACAGAACCUCUGGAGAAACUAGAGGUCACAGCAAAAACAGUCAACUCAAAAGAAAAGCUGUAUGGUGAGUUCCUGAGUUGGAAGCUAGAAGACACUCUCUCACAGUUUCCCCUAAAACCUGGGAAGAUUGCAACAUUUAAUGUAAACAUUAAAGUGAAGCUGGACUUCUCCUGUCAAGAAAACCUUUUGCAAGACCUCAGUGAUGAUGGAAUAAGUAUUAGUGGACUUCCACUUUCCAGUCCUUUUCGACAGAUUGUCAAACCACGAGUAGACAGCAAACCUAUCAAUCCAACUGAAAGCGGCAAAGUUGGGGACUUCAGUCAUGUAAAGACACUGGAAGCCAUUUUGAAUUUCAAAUACUCUGGGGGACCAGGACAUGCUGAUGGCUAUUACAGGAACCUCUCUCUGGGCCUUCAUGUGGAAGUGGAGCCAUCUGUCUUCUUUACGCACGUCAGUACCCUUCCUGCAACAAGCACCCGACAAUGCCAUCUACUCCUUGAUGUCUUCAAUUCAACUGAACAUGAGCUGACUGUUAGUGCUAAAAACAACGAAGAUCUAGUUCUGCAUGCGGGGGAAUGUCAGCGUAUGGCUAUCCAGGUUGACAAGUUUAAUUUCGAGAGUUUCCCAGAUUCCCCUGGUGAAAGGAUACAGUUUGCAAACCCAAAGCAACUGGAAGAAGAGAGACAGCAGGCAAAAGGUCUGGAGAUCAACAGCAAGUUAGAUGUUUGCUGGAAAAUUCCUUCUUUGAAGCGUGAAGGGGAAGCCAGUGUAGAAGGAGUUCUUAAUCAGCUGGUCCUAGAGCAUCUACAGUUGGCUCCUCUCCAAUGGGAUGUCUUGGUGGAUGGAAAGGUCUGUGACUGUGACGUUGUAGUAGACUGCAAAGUCGGGGACCCCAUCGCAUUGGAGGUGAAGCUGACCAACUGGAGCAAACACAGUGUGGGCCCAUUUGCUCUAACGGUGAUCCCAUACCAGGAUUACCAAAAUGGAGUGCACAACUACGAGCUCCAUGAUGCCAUCACCUUUGUUGGAUCCAACACCUUUUAUAUUGAUUCAGUGAAACCAACCAAAAAUUCUGUGUGUUUUGGCGCCCUGCUCUUUCUCUAUACAGGUGAUUUUUACUUGAACAUCAAGUUUCAUGAAGACAACUCCAGCAGGGAGCUUCCUCUUUCUUGGUUCUGCCUGCCCAGUGUUCACAUUCGUGCUACGGAGCCUGUGAUCCAAACUAAACUGUAAAUGUACCAUAUGAUAUUGGAUUAGCCACAGUGCACAGAAACACUUGACAUGUCCUCUGCUUGACCCCACUUUGUUUCUUUCCAACCCCAGACCACAGGCCUUUCUUUAGAGGCACAGCUGAACACUUUUAGAAUUGGCUGAAGUCAUUUGGGCAGCUGCCUUUGCUUAUUUGGAAAGGAGUGAUGGAAUAUAAUGUACUGGAUCUCCCCCCACCCUCUUCCAAAAAGCCUGUGGUAGCCACUAAGGGAAAAAAUAUUCUCUUCCUGAUAGCCAGCCAUGCCUCCCCAUUGAUAUCAGUGGAUUUGCAGGGGUGUACGUGAAAGCUGAAUUUAGCCAUGAGCUUGAAGGUCUUAGCUCCAAUCUGAAUGAUACCUAAGGAUAUAUUGUCAGCACUUGAACAAGAGUUGUGUUUCUCCACUAAAUUCCCACCACCACCACACUGAAUACACCAUUUGGGACCUAUUUUCUCAGUCAGUUUCUUCCUAUGCUUGUUUCUAAACGCUUUGUUUGCUGGGUAUAUUGGUGUCUUUCUAACUCAGAAUAAAUGUAAGCCAUGCAAUAGCAGACCAGUUUUUUUUCUUUCCCACCAGAUUCUAAGGAACGCAGCAGCAGUAAUGCCUUUUAAUUUGUUACUUAUUGCAGGAAAUAGAUUUCCGGUAACUGUAUCUCCAGUUCUUCUUGAUAGAAUAGGCAUGAUCCCAAAAAGAGCUCUCCGCCCCUCCUUGGUCACAGUGCAGUUACUUCCCUUUGUGCAUCAGUAAACAAGAAAAGAAGGAAAGCAAGACAGAUAGAAACGUUUCUAUUUUUGCCAGAAAGGAGAGAAGCCAAGUAUUUGCCUGCCUGUGGGUAGCCUAUGAUGUCAGAGUGCCACAGGCCUGUUUCAAUGGCAGUUGGGAGCCAUUUCAAGCAUUUGCAGGCCCCUUAAAAUGCCACCAAGAUGAAUCUGCUGAUAGUUUUUAAAGCUUUUCACAAGAAAUUGUUUCCAAACGUCUACUAAUCAGGAUUAGACAGGCCAGGCCAGGCCAGGCCAGACUAUGGUAUUUUCUUCUUUUCUUUGUCGAAUGAAUAAAAUGAAAUGUUACGGAAUAUCUGCUGCAAGAUACUUCACUGUGGCUGUAGCUGCCAAAUGUACUGUAAAUUUGCUUUACUGUGUUGUCUUUUACAUAGAAGCUUUGAAUAAAGAGGCCCAGGCUUUCCCUAGGUGAA